AUGUCUUUACCACCAACUAUUAAUGAUUUCAAGCCCGUCUAUAACUUAGUUGAAUUAGAAUUAGAAGAUUAUAAAGAAAAUGAACUAGUUUUAGACACGAUUCAUGAGUUAAAAUUGUUUUUUCAAAAUUCUAAUAAUUGUACUUGCUGUCGAACACCAAAACAAAAAGAUCUUAGAACCUGUUUUGAAAAAGUAGGCUUAGAACUCUGUAAAGUUUUUGCCUCAAAAAAAUCAGGUGGAGAAGAAAUUUGUUUUCAAUUAUUGUAUAAUGAUAACUUUGAUAAAAAUGGUCAAUUAAAUACUAUUUCUUCUGUACCAUUAUCAAAUGACUGA